AUGCUACAAAUAAAAUUAAUUUCGAGAAGUUUCGGCACCAUUGCUCGUUUGGCCAGAUCGCCACUACUGGCCAAGAGGCCAGUUUAUAAUCUGACAAAUAGUUUCAAUCGCCCCAAGGCCACAGUUGCUCAGGAGCCAUUUUUAAAUGGCAGUUCCUCUUCCUACAUUGAAGAGAUGUACAAUGCUUGGCUGGAAAAUCCCAAGAGUGUUCACAAGUCAUGGGACAUCUACUUCAAAAAUGCAAGCAGUGGUGCAGCACCAGGACAGGCCCAUGCCUCAGCCCCCAUUCCAAGUCCCUACCAUGGUACCCUGGUCCCCCAGGGCAUGCCCAUGGGUGCAGUCCCUGCCCAGUCUUUUGGUGUUGAUACCAAGUUGAUUGAUGACCAUCUUGCUGUCCAAGCUAUCAUUAGGUCAUUUCAGGUGAGAGGGCAUAAUGUGGCUGAGUUGGACCCACUGGGUAUUUCUGAGGCCGAUCUUGACCCCAGUGAUGUGCCUGAACUUAGAGUAACCAAUUACAGAUUAGGUGAGCCAGACAUGGACAGAGUUUUCCAACUACCGCCUACAACAUACAUCGGUGGAAAUGAACAUUCAUUGACACUCAGAGAGAUUAUUAGCAGACUUGAGAACAUCUACUGCCGUCACUUGGGCGUGGAGUACAUGUUCAUAAACAAUCUGGAGCAGCAAGAUUGGAUCAAGCAGAGGUUCGAGAAGCCCCACGUUAUGGAAAUGUCAAACGAAGAGAAGAGAACUCUGAUGGCCAGACUGAUUAGGUCGACGAGGUUUGAGGAGUUUCUGGCUAAAAAGUGGUCUUCUGAGAAGAGAUUUGGUUUGGAAGGAUGUGAGGUCUUGAUACCUGCAAUGAAGCGUGUAAUAGAUGCUUCCAGUGCAUUUGGGGUCGACAGUUUUGUCAUUGGAAUGCCUCACAGAGGUCGUUUGAAUGUACUUGCCAAUGUUUGUCGCAAACCUCUGGAGCACAUCUUCUGUCAGUUCGACUCUAAGUUGGAGGCAGCCGACGAGGGCAGUGGUGAUGUGAAGUACCAUCUUGGCAUGAGUCAUGAGAGACUCAACAGGACUACCAAUAAAAACAUCAGGGCAAGACAAAAGCUGAACAAUUCUACAGAGGUGAUGAGCAUUUUGUUGCACGGGGAUGCGGCCUUCUCUGGGCAAGGGGUGGUCUACGAAACCUUCACCUUGAGUGACCUGCCUGCUUAUACCACCCAUGGUACUGUACACAUUGUCGUCAAUAACCAGAUUGGCUUCACAACUGACCCACGUUUCUCACGCUCCUCUCCCUACUGCACCGAUGUGGCUCGUGUCGUCAGUGCUCCAAUCUUCCACGUCAAUGCCGACGACCCUGAGGCCGUCAUGCACGUCUGCAAGGUCGCAGCCGAGUGGAGGUCAACUUGGGGAAAAGAUGUUGUCAUUGAUCUGGUUUGCUAUCGUAGAAAUGGGCACAACGAAAUCGAUGAACCCAUGUUCACUCAACCUCUCAUGUACAAAAAGAUCAAGCAGACGCCUGUCCUCUUGAAGAAGUAUUCUGAUAAGUUGAUGGCUGAGGGUGUUAUCAAUCAGAAAGAGUAUGAGGAGGAAGUAGCCAAGUAUGACAAAAUAUGUGAGGAAGCGUAUGCAGCUGCACGCAAGGAAACAGCCAUCCAGAACAGACUCUGGCUAGACUCCCCUUGGUCCGGAUUCUUCGACGGGAAGGACCCGAUGAAUCUCAUCCCCACCGGCAUUCCCGAGGAGACCCUGCAACAUAUUGGGGAUGUUCUCAGUAAGGAGCCUGGUGGAGAGUUUGUUGUUCAUAAUGGUAUCAAACGUAUCUUGAAAGGCCGUAAGGAUAUGGUGACCAGUCGCUCAAUUGACUGGGCCAUGGGGGAAGCCAUGGCAUUUGCCUCCUUGCUUAAGGAGAGCAUCCAUGUGAGGUUGAGUGGGCAGGACGUCGAGAGAGGUACCUUUAGCCAUCGUCACCACGUUCUUCACGAUCAAAAUCGAGACAAAGUGACCUACAAUGCCCUGAACCACAUGUACCCCGAUCAGGCUCAGUACAGCGUCUGCAACAGCUCUCUCUCGGAAUUUGGAGUUCUUGGAUUUGAACUUGGCUACUCAAUGAGCAAUCCAAAUGCACUCGUCUGUUGGGAGGCCCAAUUCGGUGACUUCUCAAACACUGCCCAGUGCAUAUUCGACCAGUUUGUGAGCAGUGGUCAGGCAAAAUGGAUUAGGCAGAGUGGUCUGGUCGUCCUGCUACCUCAUGGUUACGAGGGCAUGGGACCUGAGCACUCCAGUUGCAGACCUGAGAGAUUCCUUCAAAUGUGCAACGAUGAUCCUGAUUAUUUCCCUCCUGAGAAUGAGCAUUUUGAGAUUCAGCAACUGCACGAGACCAACUGGUUUGUCGUUAACUGCACAACUCCAGCCAACUACUUUCACGUGCUCAGGAGGCAGAUACUUCUGCCAUUCAGGAAACCUCUAAUUGUCUUCUCUCCAAAAAGUCUGCUCCGCCAUCCAGAGGCCAAAUCCAGCUUGGACAUGAUGCUGGAUGGGACCUGCUUCAAACGACUCAUCCCAGAAGAAGGUGUGGCCUCUGAGAAUCCUGACAAUGUCAAAAGGUUGCUCUUCUGCACUGGUAAGGUUUAUUACGAGCUCACCAAGGAACGUGCUCAGAAGGAGAGGUUGUCUGAUGUGGCCAUCGUGAGAGUUGAACAGCUUUGCCCAUUCCCAAUGGAUCUGAUUCGCAAGGAGUUAGAGAAGUACUCGAAGGCCAAGGUGUUCUGGGUCCAGGAGGAGCACAAAAACCAGGGUGGCUGGUCAUAUGUCAAGCCAAGAUUUGAAACUGUCAUCGCGAGGGAGGGCUCGAGCAGGCCUGUUGGGUACAUUGGGCGCCAUGUUUCAGCGGCCACUGCAACUGGAAACAAGUUCACCCAUAUAAUGGAGCAAUCUCGUUUCUUGAGACAGGCAAACUAUACUAUGCGUUGUAAAGAGAAACAUUUUAAAGAAAUAUGUACGAAGGUACCUCAAUGAAAAUGUACUUUUAAAUUUGCGUACACUUCCCCUUAGGCACCUAUAUAUAUAGAGAGAGAGGGAAAGAAAGAGAGGGAGGGAGAGAGAUUCCCAGGUGAUUAGGAAAACUUUAAUUACUUUCAGGUCGUACGGGGCUUAU